AUGUCCGUCGCUGAAAGUUUUUCGGUGAUUUACAACCUUUUCCUCGUCUCGUCCAUGGCUCCUCCUCCUUCACUUCCUCCUCCCUCACUGCUCCCGAUUUCAUCGGAUCUGACUACCAAAGAAACCAAAGUGCCGCCGCCGUCGUCCGUGACUCCACGCUCUUCACCUGUGCCAUCACCGCGUAAGGCUACGCCGUCUCUAUGUACGGAAGAAACCCCAUCGUCGGUGACUUCACUCUCUCCACUUCCCCCAUCGCUGCGUAAGGUUUCACCAGAAGAAAACAGAGGUUGA